CAUCGCAAAUUUGUGCGGAGGAGCAAUGCUGUUGUUGCUGUUUCUAUCGCCAUAUUUGCCAGUCGCUUGGAAACUGAAGUUUCAAAAUUUGUUUUCAGUGAAAUUUCUUCGCGUCUUCUGUCAUUUUUCAUGAUUAUCUUAUGGAAUUCUUGCGAUCAGGUUGAAGUAAAAGCUUUUAAAGAUGAAGCGGGUAUUCACUGUGCCAGAGAGAGUUCAUGGAGGAGGAUUGGUGAAGUUUUGUUGGCAGCAAAGCCAGGGAAAUUAUCUUGCAGCCACCGGCAACAACCGGAUGGUCACAAUUUAUGACAGACAUGGUGAAUUACGUGAUGAGAUUAUGCUUCCGGGACAGUGUACUGGGAUGGCAUGGGACAAAGAUGGUGACACUCUGGCUAUUAUCAACGACAAAAGUGGGGCAAUCUCCCUUUGGGAUGCAAACAGUCAAAAGACAAGCCAACUUGAAAGUGGAUUGCGAGACACUUUGACGUUUCUUGUUUGGGCCAAAGCGAGUCAGGCUCUAGCAGUCGGAACAGCAAAGGGGAAUCUCCUGUUCUACAAUCACCAGACAUCAAGGAAAAUUCCCAUAUUAGGAAAACACACAAAGAAAAUUAGCUGUGGGGCCUGGAACUCAGAAAAUUUAUUGGCACUUGGUUCUGAAGACAAAACGAUCUCAAUCAGUAACAUAGAUGGUGACACACUAAAACAAUCCAACACAAGAUACGAACCAUCUGAUAUCCAGUUUUCAAACAUGAAGAUGGAUGAACGAUCAGGAUUAGGGGAGACAACAGUGAGUCUUGUGGUAGGCAAGAAAACACUGUAUUUGUACAACGUCAACGAACCUGACAACCCAAUCGAGUUGGCCUUUCAACCAAGGUAUGGAUCGAUCAGCGCUUACAAAUGGUUUGGAGAUGGCUAUAUUAUGAUUGGCUUCUCAAAUGGAUAUCUUGUUGUCAUAUCAACGCAUCUUAAAGAAAUCGGACAAGAACUCUUCCAAACACGUGAUCAUAAGGAUUCUCUGAAGGACAUUGGGAUAUCAUUGUCAUUCAAGAAGGCUGCGUCAUGUGGCGAUAACUGCAUCAAGAUUCAUGACGUCACUGAUAUGAAAGAGAUCUACGCCAUAAUAACGAUCGAUGACGCUGGAGGGCAGUUGGAUAAAAUGGAGUGGACAGAAGACGGACAGCUUCUGGCUGUUAGCACGGAGAAAGGUGCGGUGCAUGUUUACCUCACCAAGCUGCCGAUACUGGGAGACGCAUCUGGUACCAAGAUCGCCUAUCUGACGUCACUAAGAGAAGUGACAGUUGUCGAUGAAGUGAACCAGGAGAGACAGAUGAAAGUACCAACUCACAUAGAGCCUAGUUUCAUGGCAAUUGGACCGUAUCAUCUUGCAGUUGGUAUGAACAACCGCGCAUGGUUUUGCACUUUCACUGAGCAAGGUCCAUCUCCCUUUAAAGACAAGGAGUAUCUCGGAACAGUGGCUCAAAUUCAUGUUAAUGAAGAAUACGCGGCUGUACUGUUUGAAAACAAAGUUCAAGUCCAUUUGAUUGACAACGAAGAUGGUGAAACUGACGAAGAGAAGGAAACCAAACUGUUUCCUGAGGGGAACGACAGAAGCUCGAUAUAUUGCUGCGGGCUAACCGCAGAUUUCCUCGUUUUUGGCACAUCUUCUGGCGACAUAAAGUUCUUCUUCUUAGAAGAUUGGCAGUUUGUUAUCGAAUAUCGUCACACUGUUGCAGUCCGCAAGAUAUUCCCCGGACCAGUCGGUACUAAAGCUGUCUUUAUAGACGACAAAGGCGAUGGGUUUGUGUUCAUCCCCAUGAACGACAUGGUAUUCGAAAUUUCAAAUUUCCCGCCAACAAUUCGCACUGUAUUGUGGGAUAACUGGUUGCUUGAGAAAGGCGUAUUCUGUGCGUGUGAUGAGGAGAAAGUGUUUUUAUACGUGUUCUCGAAAGACACGAUAACGGGCUCGCAAUGCGUGUUAGCAAGCACGACAAAAAUGCCCUUUGGACACAGCCCGUUGAUGUUAUACAACGGCGAACUCACGUGUCAAACACAGAGCGGGAAAAUAACGAAACUUAUGCUGACGAUGUACGGUGAGAACACACCAAAUGAUUUAGGCCGGGAUGAGACGGUGCAAGCACUGGAGCAAGCGCUUGUUAUGAAGAGGUUUAAAGACGCAUGGAGUAUAUGUUCGUUGUUGAAUGAUAACGAGGCUUGGAAGAAUUUUGCAUCCGAGGCUGCUAAGAAUCUUGAUAUUGAUCUGGCUAUUCAGGUUUAUCGAAAACUGGGCGAUGUUGCCAUGGUGCUUUCUCUUGAAAAGAUCAAAAGUAUCGAAGAUAAAAAUCUGCUUGCUGGAAACAUUGCGAUGUAUUUAGGAGAGUUCACCAUUGCGCAGGAGCUUUUUCUAGCCUCGAGUCACCCCGUUGCUGCACUGGAAAUGAGGCGGGACUUGCUCCAUUGGGAUCAGGCACUCGAACUCUCAAAGACUCUCGCUCCUUCGGAGAUUCCAUUCAUCUCAAAAGAAUAUGCGCAGCAACUUGAGUUUAUGGGGGAUUACCCUAGCUCAUUGAUGCAUUACGAAAAGGGAAUCACCAGUGCACCGGAAAAUAAGGAGCAUGACGAAUUUUGUAUUGGGGGUGUGGCAAGAAUGGCAAUAAGGAUGGGGGAUAUCCGACGGGGGGUAAGUCUGGCCAUGAAAUCGACGAACAAACAGCUGAAAAAGGAGUGUGCCAGUCUUCUGGAAGGCAUCAAGCAAUACAACGAAGCAGGGGCAUUAUUCGAAGCAUCACAGGCAUGGGAUAAGGCAGCGGCUGUGUAUAUCAAAACAAAACAUUGGGCAAAAGUUGGAGAGCUCAUGAAAUAUAUUACGUCACCGAAAUUGUUGAUACAGUACGCAAAGGCCAAGGAAACUGAUAUGAAAUUCAAAGAGGCCGCUUCUGCAUACGAGGCUGCCAAGGACUACGACAGUGUCAUACGCAUCAAUCUCGAUCACCUGCAAAACCCAGAAGAGGCUGUACGAAUCGUAAACGAGACUAAGUCAGUGGAUGGCGCCAAGAUGGUAGCCAAGUUUUUCCAAAAAAUCGGUGACUUUGCUUCGGCAAUACAGUUCCUGGUUCUCUCCAGAUGCAACGAAGACGCGUUUUUAUUGGCUCAAGAACACAAUCAAAUGGAACAAUACGCGGAAAUAAUCGGAGACCAAGCCACGCCUGACGAUUAUGGAAGCAUAGCUUUGUAUUUCGAGAAUAAGAAUCAGCAUUUCCUUUCGGGAAAAUUCUUUUAUUUGUCAGAGCAAUACAGCAAAGCCAUGGCCCAGUUUGUGAAAUGCUCCGUGAACGAAGAAGGAGAGUCUAUUGACUACGCAAUUGAGACCAUUGGGAAGGCGCAGGAUGAGAAUCUGACACAUCAACUGAUCGACUACCUCAUGGGAGAAAUCGAUGGAAUCCCAAAGGAUGCAAAAUACCUUUUCAGACUUUACAUGGCAUUAAAAAGGUACAAAGAGGCGGCUCGGACAGCCAUCAUUAUUGCAAGAGACGAUCAAGAGGCUGGUAACUAUAGAAACGCACACGAUGUGUUGUUCAGCAUGUACAGGGAACUGAGGAACAGAAGCAUAAAAGUACCAACAGAGAUGAUACAGAACCUUAUGAUCCUUCACAGCUACAUACUUGCAAAGAUUCACGCGCGCAGAGGUGAUCAUCUCAAAAGUGCGCGCCUGCUUGUCCGCGUUGCAAAUAACAUCAGCAAAUUCCCGUCCCACAUUGUUCCGAUUCUGACGUCAACGGUUAUCGAAUGUCACCGCGCGGGGCUGCGGAAUUCGUCUUUCAGUUACGCAGCUAUGUUGAUGCGGCCCGAGUAUCGAUCAAAACUUGAUCUUAAGUACAAGAAGAAAAUAGAACAGAUUGUCCGAAAGCCGGACAAGUCCGAAGAAGAAGAGGUUUCAGAUGCGUGUCCGUAUUGCAGUUAUUCUGUGCCACAAACGCAGCUUGAGUGUCCGGAUUGUAAGAACAAUUUGCCGUACUGCAUUAUCACCGGACGGCAUAUGAUCAAGGAAGAUUGGGCAAAUUGUCCGAAUUGCACUUUCCCGGCCAUCUGUUCAGAAUUCAAAGCCCUCCUUGAGGGUGAUGACACCAACUGUCCGAUGUGUUCAGAAAAGGUAACCAUAAAUAGCUUGAAGCCAAUUGCAGAUCCUACCUUGUAUCUGAAGCAGGAUGAGACUGAGAACUCGUAAUGCUACCCAUCCACCCUCGGGUCCAAUUUAUCAUAUAUACAAUACAGAAUAUAUUGAUGUUUUGCACGGGGGAAAGAUACUGAUUUUAUCAAGAUAUGUCUACUCUAGUGUCUCUAAUAGACGACACCCCCCCCCCCAGUGUAUUAAUUUCAGAAGAAUUUGCCCUCCCCCCGUCACUU